UAUCCAGCUGAUCGGCCUGGAAUCCCGUAUAGGAUCCUUGGACUUUCUGCGGCCACUUCACUAUCGUUUUUGCAUGAUUUUAUUGUUUAUAAAUAUAUGACUCGAAUGACUUGGAUAAUUUUUGAACCUUGUUUUUCCAGAUAAACAAGUAGUCUUUGGGUUGUUUCUUUUUAUCUCUCCUACGUUCUUCUGUAACCCCCCCUGCCUGUCUCUAGGCCUUGUGGAAAUCCUGGGACUUGCUUAUUCGUCGUCGCCGACUACAGCCAUGGGAGACACGGGCAGCGAGCGCAGCAAACCACCUAGUUUGCCGCCCCGGUGCCCUUGCGGAUUCUGGGGGUCCAGUAAGACUAGAAAUCUCUGUUCUAAGUGCUUUGCUGACUCUCAGAAGAAGCAGCCAGAUGAUGACUCUGCUUUUGGCCCAGCCACCAGCACCAGUCCCUCGGAUGUCUUCACAAAUGACACUAAUAGUAACAGCAGUAGUAGCAUCUGUCCUUCAUUUUCAUUGCAAAACGUUAGCACCCAGCCUCACACAUCUGAAACAAAUGUAGCAUCUUCAAGCCAAGAGGAAUGUGUUCCUUGCACAGACACAGCUCAUGGUACAUUGUCAGUGCCCUCAAAACGGCCUUGUGAAUCAGGUUCAACGUCUGAAAAUGAAGAGUCUCCAGGAAAACGCCCUCGACUGGAAGAUGAUGUUACUGAGGAAAAUCGUGGUGGAUCAAAGCAGCGGAACCGCCGGCGUUGUUAUCGUUGUCAAACUAAACUUGAGUUGGUGCAACAAGAGUUGGGCUCUUGCCGUUGUGGUUAUGUCUUCUGCAUGCUGCACCGCCUCCCUGAGCAGCAUGACUGUCUCUUUGACCACUUGGGCCGUGGACGAGAGGAAGCCAUCCUGAAGAUGGUGAAACUGGACCGCAAGGUGGGGAGGUCAUGCCAGCGAAUUGGUGAAGAGUGCUCCUGAGCAGCUUUACUUAGGCUCUGUCUUUUAGAUCGAAUCAACUAGCCUUAUCUAAACAAACAAACAACACAACAUGGCCCCUAUACCUGAGCUAGCCAGUAUGCAGACUUUACACCCCGGCUUCCUCACUUCACUUCUCAGGAAUGUUAACAGCACGUCCCUACUGGCCAAUCUUUUUCUCAUUGCAGACUUAUUAUGGUCUGGGCCCUCCACUGUCUUUAAUUUUUUUUUUAAUUAUUAUUAUUAUUAUUAUUAUUAUUAUUAAUUUUACCCCUUUCAGAUUCUUUGCUUGGACUGAUAGGGUCAGAGUCAUAAUAUGAACACCGAAGGAAAACUGAUAUUCCUAGCCAAGUGGACUCAACAUGUGUCAUUUCUGGCCCACAUUUAUUGCAUGCAGAUCAACAGCUCUUUCAGCUUCAACGAUCUUGGAUAGUUUGUAGCAGUCUUACUUCAUUAAAACUUUUGCACAGCAACAGGACUGGGGAAACCUGGGAAUUCAAAGGCAUUAACAUUGGCACCAAGGACCCACGCUGAGAACAAUGCCACGAUGACCUUUUCUGCCUGGCUCUAACAUGGCUAUCAUGUGUCAGAAAAGCUUGAUACAUCAGUAAUAGCCAAAUGUGGUUGGGAUUGUUUUUUAGCCCUAACUGAUUUGGAUCUUUUUAUCUGUUGUCUGACCUGAUUUUCUUGUAGUACAAAGCUUGGCUAUGCUUGUUCCAUGGCUGGAACGUUUAAAUAUAAAGCCAAUUAGACCAGCUGACUGUAUAAUUGUGUGUUCUGUUGGCUAGACCUGUUACUAACUGGCUAAGUAAUAUUGUCAUAUGGUGUGAUUUCUUACUGAAUAUUUUUGUAUAAGAAUAAUUAUAUUACCAGUUAAAAAAACAAGUUAAAUUCACCUUUAAAUUCACAGAUUAGAUUUGAAGAUCACAAAAUUCUGUCAAGUUACACACCACACAUGAAAAAACAUACAUUUGUGGCUUUUCCUUUGAAUCCUUAGCACUUCCAACAACUAAUAGCUAAUUUGGAACAAGCAAUACCUGUUCCUGACACUGCAUAAUAGUUAACCUUCAGCUUUUUCAAGUCAGUAAAUGUUCUAUUUCCAAAAUAGUUAUGAGAGUUUAAAGUAGACAUUUAAAUAUAUGUCCUUGUGAGGAAGCACUUUCCCACACUUCACAGCAAAAUAAGCUUUAGUUAUUACUUGAAGUUGUUUUCAGAGGGAAUAAAAUAUACUGGUUUCAGUUAAACAUUAGUAGUGUCUAUAAGAGUGCAUCAUAUGCUACAUGAAAAUGUCACUGUCUCUCGUAAAUUAGAAUUUCACGGUUUGUUUUAUACAUGCAAUAUUUCCUAACUAUAAAAUGCAGAGUAUUUGUAAGGUAGAAUUUUUUUAGUAUAGCAUUUUUUUUAGCCUACAUUGUCAAGUAUUCUGCUUUCCCAACCAUUAUUACCUUAUAAACAGAGCAAGAUAGAGGCUGGGCUCUGCAGAACAGGUUGAUUUAAUAGGUUUUGUAAGCACCAGACCUGAUUCUCUUCUUCUCUGCUUUACCAUAAUGGAAUCAGAUAUAGACAAUCAUUCAGAUCUUCAUAGUAAUCACAAAUGUUCACCCACAGACAUUGAUCUUUUAGCAUAAUAAAUAAGUUACAGUGCAGUAUUUCUAAAGAGUAUGUUAGAUUUCACAUGUAAACAGAACUGAAGAACUUUCUAAUUUUGCAACAUUUGUAAGGUUGUGACACAUAAAGGUUAAAAGAUUAAAAAGGCAACAAAGAAAACAGGAGUUAAUCUUACUAAUUUCCAUGUGCUUUGGUAAUUUGAUUUUCUAGUUUUUCUAGAUUUUGAAGCUAUAAAAUGCCAAUGCUUUUAUCCUUGCCCAAACUGAAGAGAAAUAUUCCUUUCAUGCAAGUUGUCAGGCAACAAAAUAUCUGUGCAGUUGAGGGGCUGCUGGAGUCUUAGGAUCUGUGGUCUUUUUACUGAAUUACCCUUACAGGCAAACAAUAUGGGAAUAUCAUUAGGAAUGGCAACAUGUAAUCGGUUUGAGCAACAGAGCAACAGCAAGCAGCUGGGGUCUGAAAUUGGCUUAACUUAAGGUGUUUUAACAUCACAUUCUGUGGAAGCCAUUACAUUUAUGGAGUCUUCAAAAUGACAGGAAGAAAGGUCAUGCGUUGGUUUGAAAGAGUCAACUAGACAUUUAAGUAGUUAAGUAACAAUGCCUGUGGCAUUUAUAGGAGACUCUUAAUCUCCUCCAUGUGGGACUACAAUGUGGGGAGUUGGACUGUUCAAGAUCAGUGCUUCCUGACAGUAACACCCAGGUGAACCUGAAAAAACAGAAAUGAAGCUCAACUGGUCACUUUAAGGGUUCACUUUCCAAAGAAAACAACAAAACUGUACAUUUGAGAGUCCCAGUUAAUUUUUUUUUUCUCCUCUUUGCAUUGCUAAAGCCACCUUGUAAUGCUCUGCACAAAAAUUCCAUAGCUUUUCCAGAGGAAGUAUCCCUGGCGGGCUAUGCCGAAAUUUCCAAGCAAGUUAUCAAGGAUUUACGAUCAUCACAUGAGAUAUGCAAAGCAAGUGCUGGGUCUCUUCCAAACCUGGCAAAGGAACUGGUGUUGACUUUAAGGGUGCAUUUAUUUUAAGGAGUUGUUCUCUGUCAUGUUUAAAGUAAAGUAUCAUUUGUAUCCUGAAAUGAAUCCUUAUUUAACCCUUUGUGCUAUCAGAUUUACUUACAUACUUAGCAUAGAGCUUAAUUUUAGUUAACCAUUGUAAAAACAAACAAAAAAUCUGUAUCUGUUCUUUUCUUUCCCUAUUACUGAAAGAAAUAAAUUCAAUUAGGUGAAAGUUA